AUCAACACAAAGACCAACUGCCGAGACCCUCCCCUGCAUGCUUAUCAGUCAUGUUGACAUUUCUAGUUAUAAUUAGUUAUCAUUAGUCCUGUGAUCUUUGUUUUCAACUACUGUACUAUACAAGUAGGCUACUUGAUCAUGGGAUAUAUGUUUCAAUUAAUUAAUAUAAUUUAUUUCCUUUCAACAUUUUUGAAAUUACAAUAUUCUUUGAAAGUCCAGAAUAGAAUUGACCAAUACGAGUCAUAUUAAGUUCAUAGGAAUCAAUGGUAAUAGACUCACAUAGCGCCACAGUAUGAAAAUGAUUUAUCGUCCGAUAUUCUUAAUGUUUUUCUUCUUCUUCAAAUGUGUUCAUCUAGAGGUGACUUUUAUAGCUGAGAGAUUGCCGAUACAGGGAAAUCGACCAGACCCAGGUUCUCCAUGGCCAAUGCCGAAAUACUGGAACAAAGAUGCAAAAGUUAAAACAUUUAUUCCUGGAAAUAUCAGACUUACACAAAACAGGGAGUGUGACGUCACACAAGAGGCUUUCAACAGAUUUGUUCAUCGUUUACAGAAAGUUGGAGGCCUGGAGUCUAGUACAGAUGACUCAACAUGUUUUGUCCAGACAGAGGUCUCACUUCAAGAACUGAAAGUGGUCAUUAACGAUCAACUUUGCCCAGAAUAUCCUCAGCUUGGUGAUUCUGAAAAAUACGAGUUAAACAUCACAGACACCAUUACAAUUAAAGCGUCACAAGUCUGGGGCGCUGUAUGGGGUCUAGAGACACUGGGACAGUUGACAUACAUGGUGGAUGGGAAGUGGUUUGUGAACCAAACUUUCAUUAGUGACGAGCCAAGGUUCUCACACCGUGGUCUACACUUAGACACAGCCAGACAUUUCUACAGCGUAGACAUCAUCAAGCUGAACUUGGACGUCAUGGCCAUGCAUAAACUGAAUGUUUUUCAUUGGCACAUUGUUGACGCUCAGUCAUUUCCAUACAGCAGUCGACGUUAUCCGGAACUUGCCCAAAAGGGAGCCUAUUCACCUGGUCAUAUCUACAGCCAAUCUGAUGUCCAGGAUAUUAUCAACUUUGCCAGACUUCGUGGGAUUCGAGUUCUGCCAGAGUUUGACACACCUGGACACGCCCAGUCAUGGGGCAAAAGUCACCCAGAGCUUUUGACUACAUGUUAUGAUGGUGACACCCCUGAGAGAUCUGUGUACGGGAAACAUUCUGAGAAGGAAAUAAUGGAUCCGACAAAAAACUCAACCUUUGAUUUUCUACGGAAUUUUUUCGACGAAAUAAAAGAUGUUUUUAAAGAUAAUUUUCUGCACAUGGGAAUGGAUGAAGUGCACUAUAUGUGCUGGGAAUCAAGUCCCAUAAUUCAAGAGUUUUUGAAAGAUCAUGGAAUCCCUGCUGGCCAGUACAGUGGACUUGAGACAUACUACAGCAACAGAUUGUUAGAUAUCAUAAGACCAAUGAACAAACGGGUGGUUAUAUGGGAAGAUCCAGUUAACCAUGGGGCGCAGAUACGCAACGAUACGUUGAUACAAGUUUGGAAGAAGAAAGACUCGCCCCCUGGAACUGAUACUUGGGCAGUUCAUCUUCAGGAUGCCGUAAGAAGAGGUUUCCAGGUUAUCUUCUCCUCUUGCUGGUACUUGAACUACAUCUCUUAUGGUCAAGACUGGAAAGACUAUUACACUUGUGAUCCAUACCACAUCAAUGCCACACAGCAAGAGUUGUCUCAAAUACUUGGAGGGGAGGUUUGUCUCUGGAGUGAGUACAUUGAUGAAACAAACCUACUCUCUCUUGUCUGGCCAAGAGCUUCAUCAGUAGCCGAGAGACUAUGGAGUGUCCAAAGUCUCAAUGAUACAGAUGAUGCUACAUUCAGACUUGACCAGCACAGAUGUAGGAUGCUCAGACACGGUAUUCCUGCCAAACCAAUACUUCCAGGCUACUGCAGAGAUGAUUACAAUACUGACAACACGCUACUGAAGACAUGUAGGACUGCAUCAGUUAGAGCAUCACAAGAAACAUCAACAACUACCAAGAAUCCCAAUAGGGCAUCCCAAGAAACAUCAACAACUACCAAGAAUCCCAAUGCGGGAUCCCAGAUGACAUCCAAAUUGUUUGCUACUAUGAUUGUUUAUUCUGUUUUGAGGUUUCAUUUUAUUUGAAAUGAUGGGCAGUUACUAAGAAUAAUUCGACCUUUUUUGAUAUUUGAAUUGUGUGUUAAUUCCCAGAGUAUAAAGUUUUUUUUCGGUUUA